AUGUCACCUCGGCUGUCGCCCAAUAAGUCUUUGUUCGUGUUUAGCACGUCGACGUUGUCGUCGUUCGCGUUACUGCUGUCGUUCACCCUUCAGCUACACUUGAUGGCCGCGGCGGCGACGCGCCACAACGCCGGCGGGCUGGCGGCCGCGCUGCACAACGAGGGCGAGAAGUGCGCGCAGUCCGCGGACCUGUGGCCGUGCCUCACCAGGACUGGUGCAAAGGUCGUGGCUGCCGUGGCCGCGUAUCCGGGCGAGAUACCACUGAUGGGCCAGUACUUGGCCGUGGUGCCGAACGGCCGGGCCCGGGCCUUUGGCGACCAUCGCGGCGCAGAUGGGCGACUGACGUCGCACAAAAACGGCACACUGUCGUCAUGGCCGUCCACGUCGAUAUACUCGAAAAUCGCGGAAUUCGCGGAGAAGAGAUCGUUGAGAGUGUCUGUGCCUAUGGAUGCCGUCGCGUGGCUGAUCGGCGUCACGGCGUCGACGCCCUUCGCCGGUGACGAAGGCCGGGGCAAGAAGGACAAGGGUGCCGGUGUGUUGAUGCUCGGCGGCAUGAUGAUGAUCACCACGCUCAUGUCCACCGCGUUCGGGGCACUGGCGCUGAUGGCUGCCAAGGGACUGUUGACCAGCAUACUCGCUCUGAUGCUUUCGGCGAUGGCGGUAUCGAAAAAGUCGGGCGGCCACGGCCACGCCAGAACCACGUACGAAGUCAUCAACAACCCGGGACCUCACCAAGCGUAUCAACAGGUAUCGGAUUACAAAUUGGAAAACAGCGGGGCUGUUAUAUCAGACAUCAGUGCAGGUCAAUACAAUGCAGCUCAAACCGAACCUAUUCAGUAUGGUAACCAACAAUAUGAUUAA